AUGUUGUGGGAGGUCAGGGACACUGAUGAUGUCUCUGGCUCCCAUAGCUGUGGAAAAUGUGUACACAUUCAGCUUCUGAAGAAGCGUGUUGCAGCACUGAAGAAAGAACUAGGUGAUCUCAGGCUCAUCCGAGAGAAUGAGAAUUUUCUGGACAGGACCUUCUGCGAGGUCAUUACUCCGAGCAUACCAGAAGAGAGAAGGGAGAUGACGAUGAUGAAGGAAGUGAUGAUUCAAGUACAAGAGACCCCAGGGGAAGUGCCUCUCGUGAACAAGUUGAAUCUCUUGGAAACUGUCGAGACCGACGACACUGCCAGUCCAAGAGGCAGACAGAUCUGCCAAUUGAAAAUUGGCGUAGAGGCACAGUCGAGGAGUCAGAUAUCAUGCAGAGUCGUGCAUUAUUAUUAUUUAUGCAGGUUUGGGAAACAUUUCGAAUUAACGCUCCUGUGGCAGAGCAUUGUCUUAAUAAUCACUAUGCUGGCCUUGCUACACUUGUGUUGCACUGUACAGAGUUCAUCCAGAAUGAGCACCAGUAGACACCUUUUUACAGAUUUUGAUCCAAGAUAUUUUUGGGCGUGGAGCCGCUUCCUUGAUUACAUCCAGUUUUGUUUAACAUUCACUGUGUUGUGCCUCCUUAUUACGUACCUGCUUAUUGACUCUGAACUUUACGUGGAAAGUCUUGGCUUCUCAGCUGUCCUCAUUGAAGCCAUGUUAGGAAUGCCUCAGCUUUUGCAGAACUUCAAGAACAAGUCAACAGCAGGAAUGAGUGUGAAGAUGGUGUUGUUGUGGACCCUGGGUGAUAUCUUUAAGACAACCUACUUCAUUAUUAAUGCAACUCCAGUACAAUUCUGGAUUUGUGGAACUGUUCAGAUUUGCAUUGACAUUGCAAUUUUCUUUCAGGUGUUCAUCUAUGGACAAGGAGAUCAUGAAAAAUAUAUGUAACAAGAUUGCAUAGUGACAGAGAAUGGCUGCCUGGGUAGCAAAAUAUGAUGCACAGUGUGGCUUUAAUAUGUUUUUCUUGCCAUUUCUAUGGAAGAAUAUCUUGUGCUAUCACAGUAUUGAAAGUAUCCAAAGUGCCUUAACCAAAAAACAACUUCUGCCAUAAUUUAUUUCCUGUUGCUGUCCAAACUUUCCAAACAUAAACCAAAUCAUACUUCCAACAUGUAUGAAGAUGUCUUUAAAUGUCUCAUCACUUAGCUAUCAGCCAAUGAGAACAGCAGCAACAAGAACAGAGAAGUAUUCACCAUUGUAAAUGAUGCAUUAAGGUCUGACAUGAUGAUUGUCGCAUGUUUAUUUGAAAUACUGAAAAUAGUCUUGUUUGAUGACCUCUCCACUGUUUUAUUCCAUUUCUACUUUCUCUUUGUAUUUCAUUGUCUUCUUUUAAAAAAAUCAAUUAUGCAGCUUUAUACUUGGCCAUUCCCCAAGCAGUAUAUUGGUUAGUAAUCAGCCAUUUGGUACAGCAACUAAACAUGAAAUUUAAUUUGGUAUAAUAUAAAUGCGCAGUGAAGCCUUUGAGUGAAUAAUUGGAAUAGUAACCUUGAAUAACGAGUGUCAUAAAAAUGGGCAUCAUUGCUGAAAACAGUUCAGAUUCUAAAACCUAUUUUUAUUGGAAAAGUGUUUUAAAAGAUAUUUCCAGCUUAGUCAGAUAUUUGUUUAAGUACCCUAAAGGAAAAUAAAGCCUCCUUUUUGCCAAACUGUUAAGACAACAAAAAGAACAUUCUGUUAUAAAAAACUAACUCUUAUUUAGAUACUAAUUUAACAGUUCAACAUAAAUACACUCAUUGUACCACUUCUGGCUCAAAAAUACUCUACACAUUGUGCCUCGAGCAAUACUUCAGUCAUUAGAUCCAAAGCUUGUUUUCUUUUGAAAUAUUUCUUGUCUGUCUGAGAUGGAAUUUAGGGAUUUUUUUUUCUUUUAUGUUCAGAGGUGACUGUCUGCCUCCAGUUUGCAGAAAAGAUGUAUGUGUGACUGUGCUGCCUUCCUGCAUUUGCCAAUGUGAGAACCAGGUCAAUGCAAGCCUUAGCCUCAUUAAAAUGCGAUGCUUGUUAGGCACAGAAUGGCUAUAGAUUGACUUAUGAGCUGAGGUGGCAUAUCAGAUUAGGUCAGUUUGGUGAGACGAGGUGGAUUCUUGAUUCAAAGGUGGGUCUCAAAUGGGGCAGGAGGGCAGCUGAUGGUAGAUUCACAAGGAAUACUGUGUGGAAGUCACUCUGGUUUGUUGGAUUGUUUUGUAAACUGCUACCAGGGGUCUCCUAAGAACUGCACUGAUUAGGCUUCAUAGCACCCCCUACCAGUGGUGCAUACCUAAAAGUUACCAUUGAGUCCCAGAGCCAGCCAUUUCUCAUACUCACACAUUCUCCUGCCUGUUUCAGGUGGGCAGCAUAUUCACACAAUAGGUGGGCUGCCUGAAAAUUCCAUUGGAUCACUCCCAGCCAACUCCCACUCCCACCCAUCAAACUGAUUUUCAAUUGCUGGCCAUUUCUUUUUCCAGCAAAGAAAGGACAGCCAACAAUUGAGAUUCGCCCUCAAUAUUUCAGAACAAGGGCUCUCAGAGUCAUAAGUGUGGUGCUGGAAAAGCACAGCAGGUCAGGCAACAUCCAAGGAGUAGGAAAGUUGACAUUUUGGGCAUAAGCCCUUCAUCAGCCUUCAACGGCUUUCAGAGUUAUGUAUGAGCAUUGUUUUUUUUUAUUUUGCUUCUAACACUCACUUUAAGCUGUGAGCAAAAAUUGGAAAGAAAUAACAAAAAAGAAGUCUAAUAAAACACUGGGACUACAGUAGCACAUGAAUACUGUGGCAAUGGGAGCAGGUUAGAUGCUGCAAACGUACAGCAAGGAACUCACUGCCUUACUUACCAAAGCUUAUGCAAGGCACAAGUUCAGUGUGUGAUGAGACAUCCCCCUUUUACCUGGAAGAGUGCAGCACCAACAGCAUUCAACUAGCUCUUCACCAUUUAGACAAAGCAGUCCAAUCAUCAACAUUUUCUCCCUCUACCACCAAAGCAGAGUGGUAGUGGUGCGUAGCAUCUACAAGAUGCAUGGUAGCAAUUCACUCAGAUCUUUAGCUAGCAUGCUCCAACACAUGAUCUCUACUACCUAGAAGGAUAGAGGAAGCAGAUACAUGGGAAAACCAUCAUCUGCACCACCAUCUGCCAACUUGGACACUUGGAUGCCAUGCUAGCUUGGAACUUUAUCAUGUUCCUUCACUGUCACUGGGUCAAAAUCCUGGAACUUCCUGAAUACUAUUGCUGUGGGUAUACCUACUCCACAUGAACUGCAGCAGUUCAAGAGGUAACUCAUUCCUACCUGCUCAGUGGCAACUAGGGAUAGUAAUAAAUGCUGACCUAGCCAGCAAUGCCCACAUCCAAUGAAUGAAUUAAAUAGAAAUAUUCAGUUUGUCAGCCAGUAGCUGCAGAGAGAAAAAUAUAGUUAACUUUUCAGGCCAAUGACCAUUCAUCAGAACUCAGACUCCACAGUAUUUUGCUUUUUUAUUAACUAAAAGACUGUUACUACUUUAAUUUAUCAGUAUCAGCAUAUUUCCCUUUGCCUUAACUUUUAACAGACCAGAGUACAUUAUGUGGAGUUCUAUUAUCUGAUCAAACUAUUAAUAAGAAGUUAAUUCUAAUUGUGAAAUCCUAAAAUUGUAAUUGCAACAUUUUACUGUUUGAGAAUCCACAUCAAUUUUACCCAUUUCCCUGGUGCUGUUUGAUGUCAUGGUAUCAAUUUGAAAAUAUAACAUUUGUUUUAAACUUCUUUCCAUAACUGAUUAGUUCCUUUACAUCAGGAUAUGAAAUGCAGGAUAUUCUCAGCUGCUUCACCAAAUUAUCAUUAUACCUUUGGGAAGAGUCUGAUGGAUCCAUUUGAAAAAUGCCUAAACAUUUGGGGAAAUCCCAUUUAUCCUUUUUAAGGCUAGACCCUUCCCAACCAGUAUUUCUAAGCAGGUUCAUUUGUGAAUGGGAAGUCAAUGUGUUGUGAGUUCCUCAUUCCAGAUUUCACCAGUGCAAAUUUGGAUGUGAGUAGCCCGUUAUAUGAGGCAUAAGAACCUUCAGUUUGCCAGAGAUGAGGAUUACCAGAGGAACUAGCCCCAAGGGAUCGAUGAAACUGAUAGAAUUGCAUGGGUCUCUGAAGAGCAACACCAUCAUUUCUGAAUGAAGUUUGGUCCUGGGCUUCAUAACCAUCCCCUCUUCUGACCUUCCAGAUGGAAAUCAGUUGAACUUGGCAGGUGCCUAUAGUCAAGCUCAUGCUCCCUAACUUAACCAAGCACCAGCCUACCACUGCAACUGUGAGAGUGUUAGUGCUACACUGUGUCAAUGGUGAAAUACCAGAGUAAUUUUUGCAAUUGAAACAUUUAUAAUUUGGGGGUUCUUACGUCGGCUUUUCAUUUAUUUUCAUCUAUAACAUUUUGCACAAAUAUUUUUUUAAAAGUAUGCUUCCAAUAUAUAUUUAUGUUACAUGAAUAAAGUAGAAUCUACUAGUGCAAUGCAAAAGUUAGUUAGAUGGUUUGUGCAUAGGCAAUUAUAGAUGGUGAAUUUUUUUUCCUCACCAUUCAGAAAGGUUUGAUUUCUUAGUUUAUGCUGUUACAGAAUGUCCUGUCAGUGAUUCUCAGGUUCAGCUUCACUGAAAUCCAGCAGGGCUGGGCGACUUUCUAUUACAUAAUUAAUUAUGUUUUGUGAACAUGAGUCAUACACUGACAGUGAAUUUACCUAAGAUGCCAAUGCCAAUUAUUGUUUUACAGAUUGACUUUGGACUGUUACCUAAUACAUGCAUCCAUAAGUAAAGAUGAUAUUACAUUAACAACUGAAAGAAUGUUAUAUAUUGAUGUGCUUUGUCAUUGAUUGACAUUAAUCCAUCAUUUCUUUUGCCAAAGCCUUUUAAUAAUUUAAGAAUGUUGAUCCUCUUUGGCUGUUUUAAUGUACAGAUUCUUGCAAUAUGCAGAUACAGUUUUCUUGUGUAGUUCCUGUCAGUAUAAUCUGAAACAUGUUGGUUCUAUCCUUUUAAAUGUUGUUCUCAUAAAUAAAUAUCUGCCAUCACUGCAGGAUUGAUUUCACGACCCAUUCUGAAAUUGUAGCCAGGCGCUUAAAAAAAAAAUCAUGUAAAAUGACUAGCUUUAAUAUAACAAUGUAGCAUUUUAGUUCAGCUAUUCAUUCAUUUAUGCAUGAUAGACUUUUACAUUCAGCUUGAUAAUAAUUAAAGAUGCUUUAAUACAGAACAAGUAUUCUUUGAAGGCAUUCCUGAUACAAUGUACAACUUACGGUGACUGAACAAGUUUGUACAUAUUUCUACUGGAUACCGCAGUGAAUUUCAGGCAGUGGCUACUCUCAGAUUUUAGGUUAUACUGACAGAAACAACACAAGACAAAGUUAAGCUAACAUCUGAUUUAUGCCAAGAGAAAUAUCUUGCACAACUAAAACUUAAUCUCAGCUGUGUGAAUCUACAUUAUCUCCAAGUGGUGGUGCUUCACAUCUAGUUUCCACUGAUGAAAUUCUCUGUCAUUUUAUUACUUGGAACAUGUUGUAGAGAAUUUCAGCUACUUAGCUAAUUAUCACUGGCUGAAACAGGAUUGCCAGAACAAACAGUUGGCAGUGAAAAAUCUGAGACUUCCUUGACGAUGUCCAGUUUUGCUUUGUAUGCUGCCAGUAUCACUGGAGUCUAAUCUGUGAGAUAUCUAUGACAUUUCUAGAUUUCUCUGGUUGGAUUCUAUAAUACCACCUGUUGUAUACAACAGAACCAAUGAGCUUUUCCCUAGAGUUAUGUCUCACAGUUCAGUAAGUGUUACUCAGAAGAAUGCAGGAGGUGGUUUUGUGAAGAUGCCAACUUUGCUAACCUUGUCAGAUGAGCUGAUCAUGUUAUUGAGCUACAAUGUUAUCAAUCCUAUCUGUUGAAGCCCAAGCUAAGAUUCUCAGAAUUUCUUCAGAUGUGUGCUCAAACAUUGCAGAUGAGUUUAUAUCAAUCUAUGCAAAUAAGUAUCUUUGUUUCUUUUGAAUCCUGUGGGUCAACAUAACUUUUGAUAAUGUUUAUAUAAACUAUCCUGUUUAUCUUCAAGUACUGUUUUGUAAAGAAGAAAGAAAUUUGUUCAGACAAGUAAAUGUCAUUGUGCAAAAUAGCAGGAGAAUGCUGCAUUUGAUGUCAUGCUUAAUAUUCCAUUGUUAAUAUGGAUAACAGUAUCAGAUUGCUGUAUUAAAGCACUUUGUAAAAAUAUUGAUCUUUGUUCAUAUC